UAUGACUGUGACUUUGGCCAAACGACUGGGAUUUGCGACUACUCGCAGGAUACAGACGAUGACUUCAACUGGACCGGUCAGAGGUCAUAUUCAAAUACGAGACACCAAAACAUGGCGCCAUCAGAUACCUUCGUCUGCGCGUGCAAGGAAGGUAACCGGCCAGCGUCCGGUUCUGUUGCUCGGUUCCGAUCGGGUAUCUUCCCUGCCGCGGGCAAUUCCAUGGUAACCGUCUCCUUCUGGUAUAACAUCUACCGACCGGAUGGCGGUGAGUUGCAGGUGUUUAUCAUGAACCACGGCUCGACCAACGACAAGAGGAUGCUGAUGAGGAAGAGAAGCGAGGCAAGAGGAUGGAGGAGGGCGGAUUUCAAUGAAUCCGUCUCGGAACCGUUUCAGCUCAUAUUCGAAGCGACGGUAGGAGAGACUCAAAACAGCGGCGUUGCCCUUAGCAACCUGUCCUUUACGGUUUAUAGUCCUCGGAAAUUUACAGGGAGAAGUGAGCACGGUGGAAUAGUUGACGGAACUUCGACAUUGCCCGUAGAGGGAGCUGGUAACAUUUCACAAGGAAUUACCGAGGAUGCAGUACAUGACCGACCGUCUCUUGCGUUCUUGAUUGCCAUAGUCGCGAGUAGUGCCGUGGUCGUCAUCCUCAUCCUCUUCGUGGUCGUUGUUGUGUGCCUCGUUAGAAAGAUUAGGAUUUUGAGCUCCACCGCUCACCCUUACGAAGAGAUCUCAUCUAAUAAAUCGGAACGAGGAACCAUGGAGAUUGCCCCGCAGAAGGACGUCUUCAUCAACGAGAACGGCUCCACCUUACCGCGCUGGAAGCACUUGUCAUACCUCUCAGCACACGACAGCAACCGCUCCAGCAUCUACGCCGAGAUUACAGAAGCUGAGGAGCGUCGUUCAAGGUUCCAUCGAUCGGGUACAGGUACGACUGGGGAUUCGUUCGUCACCGCGUAUUCCCUGCAGCACUUGAUAGACCGCGCCAACGCAAACGUCAUCACCAAGUCGACGGAGACGUCCAGGCGCCAGAGCGAGAGCGGAUGGGUGGACAAUGUGAUCUACGAGAGCGGAUCGGACAUGCGAGAGCUGGCGGCAUCUGAAGAUAAACCUGACAGAGAGGUUCCUACCUACAGAAGAUUCACAGGCCCAGGUGCGUUUGGGUUUGGAGGAAUCAAUGCAGGAUGGAUAGAAGACCUGUCACGAUCAAGAACUCUUUGAAAUGUCCUGUUGGCAUCAGUGUAUAGCCUAUUAAUUAUCUGUGGAUGAACUGUAAGCUGAGGCUAACGAUGAGGACAUGAGCAUUGAAAAAAAAAACAAAUAGGGAUCAAAGUUUUGUUAUUCACAAUUCUAAUUCCCUGAGAACACUUGAAUGAAAUUUUAGGUUGAGAAAAACCAUAUAGAAGCGUUCCGGUUGGCUCUAUCCGUCAGUUGGUAGGUCAUGCAAGAAAGCAAAAUAACUAAAACUUUAUUUCGUUUAAAACGUAGUUUCCAUUGAAGAAAGUAGGGUAGCUCCUACUAAUAUUUGAAAGUAAUUAUAUCAGAUGGUUCGAGUCCACGUAAAAAAACCCUUCCAAUUUCCAUAAACAAAAUUAUCAAAAUAUUGUUUGGAGGAUAAGUAAUAUGGUACUUGGUAUCUGACACAGGCAAAUACACCGAAAUUUCGGGGCAAUGUUAAAUUGGACCGACUUUGGACGGGCGGAAAGCCCAUUACUGAGUCCACUUCUUUGUGCAUCUAUAAGGAGACAUAUAUAGUUCAGUGUACAUAUUUGAGUCUGUAUAUACGUUGAUGAGUAAAAUCUGGGGUAGGCUUUAAUUUGUAAUAUAGAAGUCGAGAAAUACACCUUAGACUAGAUUUAGCUUUAUAAAUAUCGACAGAAUGCUUGGGCCUGCUUUUUAACUCGUAAAGCAAAAUAACACAAAUCAGUCGCUAUUUCGUGACUAACUAAGUCAUAUUGAAGUUUUACUUGAAAAAAUGUGCACCUUUUCUCUUUCUUCCCAUGUCACGGUCGUUCUUGUACGUCAUGCUCGGGGUCAGCCAGUAAACUUUGCAAGUUUACUGGCUGACCCCGAGAAUGACGUACCUUUUCUGAUUUUCCUCUGCACAUAAGUUGUAAUUCUGCCUUGAAGUGCAAUAUUUUGAUCUCGUUUGGGGCGCAACUUUGCACCCUGGGACGCGUUUCACAAAUUUAAGGGCGCAGAUAGGUACAUUUUACACCCUUGGACUUGUAGGGGGUGCAGAGGUGUACCCUUCAUGGAAGUCACCAAUUCUUAUGCAUUUUAAUACAAUGUUUCUGCACCCUGAAAUGUGCAAAGUGAAACCACUUUCCACUUAGUGUAUAGGGGAAAAAUCGGAAUAGGAAAAACUAUGCUAACUUGCAGAAGUGAUUAUUCUUUUAGUGGGACACAUAUUCACCAAGACAACAAUUUGUUAUUUGGCCGAUCUUUCUUUAAGAGUGUAGGUUGGUCCAAACAAAUGCUCGAAAUUCCAAGGAUUUGAAAUAAAUCCAGAUCGGCUGUGAAUAGUGACCAGCCGAAUAUUAGAUUAAGAGUUAAACCUUGUUGGUUUAUAUAUAUAUCU